GUGAAAAGCACAAACUUGCAGUGAAGAAGGGAUUAUGGGAAGAUUGAGUGAUACUUAGUAAAAGAGGGCAUAGAAGAAUGCAGCUAGAGCAGGCAUCAACGAUUGGAGUAAUGAAGAAAUCGUAUUUUGACCAAGUAUGGACAUCCUUGGAGACGGGAGGAGAUAUCAGGUUGGAUAAAAUGGCCAGGUUUUUAACUGAGUUGGAGACCAAGUUAGGGUUAGAAGCAGACUUUCUAGCUGAUGAUAUCAUUAUCACGAGUGAAAUAGAGGAGUUGGUCGAGGGAAUGGAGAGAAGGUUAGAGAAACCCGCUAGUCAAAUAAGUAUUGAAUAUAGCGAUAUGAAAAAUAUCAUGAUCUCCUUGUUAAAGGAUAUCAAGGUGAUAGAUUUGAAUCAUGGGGUGAUAUACGGAGGGUUCAAUGAUGGAUAUGAGUACUACCAGGAUAAUUUCAAUCACUAUAUAUAUAAGGAAACCGGUUCGAUGUCGCUGACGCCAUCGAAUUAUUCGUUGAGCGAAGAUGAUUCUGAUGAAACUGCAUCUUUAAUGAACAACCACUCCAAGAGUGAGAUGGUGGUGAAUAAGAAAACCAUCUUUAACCUUAACGAAAUCUUAGAAGAAAUCAAUGAUCACCAUUCAUGCAUUGAUGAGUCGUUCCAUAACUUAGAAACUCGAGUGAAUAAUCUUCAUAUAAGAAAUUAUCAAGACUUACGCCAUUUGAAUCAACUAUUGAAUCAUAAUAAUAGCAUCGACCAUCGACUAAUUGCCAUUAGAAGUGAAUUAGAGAUACUCCACCGGCAAUUCCCCAAACCAAAACUAAUAGUUGAUGUGCUGAACUUGGAUUAUACCCCAGUUGUUCCUAAAAGCUUGCUUGGUUCACAACUAAGCCAGGAGGAUAUUCUUUUCCUUCAGAGAUUCAACAGCAAAGCUCCGCGGACUAAAGACUACUCUACUUUGUUGAUAUUGGCGAUUACUAUUGUUACAAUCAUGGUAUCUUAUUAUUUUGCCAUUUGAUUUGCAUUUAUUACGAAAUUAAUGAAUACGU